UAUAUCCAUUUGUAAAUCUUUGAAAGGAGACACUACUUCAAUUGUUGCUUUGUUAAUAUUGUUUCUAAAUAUUGAUAGAGUUAGGGUAACGCCUAAUUCUCCAUUUUUUGAUUCUCUUGCUUCUGCUAUUCCCUCCGAUUCAAAAUGCGUGAAAUUCUUCACAUCCAGGGAGGACAGUGUGGCAACCAGAUCGGUGCCAAGUUCUGGGACGUGGUCUGUGCUAAGCACGGCAUUGACUCCACCGGGAGGUUCGUUCCCAGGGCGGUCCUCAUGGAUCUUGAGCCUGGUACCAUGGAUAGUGUCAGGUCUGGUCCUUACGGUCAGAUCUUUCGGCCGGAUAACUUUGUUUUUGGUCAAUCUGGUGCCGGAAACAACUGGGCUAAAGGCCACUACACCGAGGGUGCAGAGUUGAUUGACUCUGUUCUUGAUGUUGUCCGCAAAGAAGCAGAGAAUUGCGAUUGCUUGCAAGGGUUUCAGGUGUGCCAUUCGCUUGGUGGUGGAACUGGGUCUGGCAUGGGAACCCUUCUGAUUUCCAAAAUCAGGUAGGAGUACCCAGAUCGGAUGAUGCUCACGUUCUCCGUUUUCCCCUCCCCGAAGGUCUCCGACACGGUGGUGGAGCCGUACAAUGCUACUUUAUCUGUUCAUCAGCUUGUUGAAAAUGCAGAUGAGUGUAUGGUUCUUGGCAAUGAAGCUCUCUAUGAUAUCUGCUUCCGCACCCUCAAGCUCACCACUCCAAGCUUUGGUGAUUUGAACCAUUUGAUUUCUGCUACAAUGUCCGGAGUCACAUGCUGUUUGAGAUUUCCGGGUCAGCUAAACUCUGACCUCCGCAAACUGACCGUUACUCUGAUCCCCUUCCCUAGGCUUCACUUCUUCAUGGUUGGUUUUGCUCCUCUCACCUGCCGUGGGUCGCAGCAGUACAGAGCCCUGACCGUCCCCGAGCUCACCCAGCAAAUGUGGGACGCCAAGAACAUGAUGUGCGCUGCAGAUCCCCGCCAUGGACGCUACCUCACGGCCUCAGCCAUGUUCAGAGGCAAAAUGAGCACCAAGGAAGUGGAUGAACAGAUUCUCAAUGUCCAGAACAAGAACUCUUCCUACUUUGUUGAGUGGAUCCCCAACAAUGUCAAAUCAACCGUGUGUGACAUCCCUCCCAAUGGCCUGAAAAUGGCAUCAACCUUCAUUGGAAACCCGACUUCAAUCCAGGAAAUGUUCCGACGUGUGAGCGAGCAGUUCACCGCCAUGUUCAGGAGGAAAGCUUUCUUGCAUUGGUAUACAGGGGGAGGUAUGGAUGAGAUGGAGUUCACUGAGGCUGAAAGCAACAUGAAUGAUCUGGUUUCGGAGUAUCAGCAGUACCAGGAUGCCACCGCGGAUGAGGAGGACUAUGAGGAGGAAGAGGAGUACCAACAUGAUAAGUGAUUGUUCAUGAAUGUAAAACAAUGAUGCAAUUCCCGGUUGCUAGUCUCUGGCAAGGAAAGGGAUUUAUCUGGGUUGCUGUAGGCCAAUAUUUUU